GGUAGCUUUAAUGUAUAUUGAAGCACAAUUACGAACGAGUUCAAAUGAAGAGUAGUUAUUAGUUGAGUGACGAACGAACACAUACGAAAUUUGUUCUCUAAAAUGAGGAUAACAAUUUUACUUCUACUUAUUGGCGUCUGCCUUGUAAGCGCAAAGUACUUGCCUUACGACACAAGUGAGUACAGUGUAUUAGUGAGGAGUAAAAGGUCAGAUUCUGACGAAUCUGUUCGGUCUAUCGAACGUGAUGAUUCAAGUGAUAAUGAAGAUGCCGAAGAGGAUUCGAGUGAAAAUACAAGUGAAAAUAAACGCCAGGAAGUAGCAGAAAAACAACGUAAAAAACUAUUAGAGCGAGAGGAAAAGAUAAAACGUAAGGAAGAAGAAAGACAAAGAAAAUUAGAAGAAAAACAGGCAAAACAGCAACGCAAAGAGGAAGAAAGGCAUGAAAAAGAGGAACGUAAGCGACUAGAAAGAAUUGAGAAAGAAAAACGCAAGGAAGAAGAGAAAUUGGAAAAAGAAGAAAGAAAAAAACAAGAAAAACAACGUAAACAGCUAGAAAAAUUACAAAAAGAGGCGUUAGAAGAGGAAACCGAAGAUGAUGAUUUCUUAAGCACUGAAGAAGAAAAUUCAGUGGAAUUAAGUGAUAUUUGGAGAAAUCACAUCUAUGUUAAAUAUGGAUUGAAUCUUACAAGUACAAAACUAGAGAAGCAGGCAGCUAUUCAUAAAUAUUUCCAAGAAGAACUGGGUCUUAGUGCGAAUAGCACAGAAAGUGAUCGAAGACAAGCAAUAGUGAAGUUAAUAGAAACGACACUACAAAAUAAUACCACUUCCCUGGAUGCGUUAAAAACUCAAUUAUUAAGUCAAAUGAAUGCCAUAAGCUUAUACAAGUGGCAAACAAAAUUAGACAAAGGUGUUGAAAAGUUAAAUAAUAAGUCUGAAAUACUUAACAAUGUGACGCUACCAUGGGCUACUGUCAUGCAACAAAACCUAGAAGAAAAGAGAUCUUUUCUUCAAACUAUUAGUCAAUUCUUAUCAAAUCUAUUUCCAAACCUGGUCGCUGGAGGACAAAAUCAAUCUCAAUCUGGAAACAGUAGUGGUAUUUCAAAUAUUGAUGUGAAUAAUACAAACAUAGUUGAUUCUGUAACUGGCGUACCAAGUGUAAAUCCUUCUGAUUCAGACAGUAAUAUAAACAUAGAAAAUAGCAAUGCAUCAUCAUCUACAAACGUGGUACUUAACCCAGCAGAAAAUAGUGAUUCAUCUGCUUCUAGCAAUAAUGAAAUUAACACUACAAGUGUAAAUGAGAAUAAUUCAGUGAUUUCUGUAAACACUGAUACUAUAAACAACUCAAAUAUUGAUACUACUAUUGUUUCCUCUUCAAAUGGUGGCUCUAUCCAUUCCAGUAGUAACGGUGUAGCAACAAACAACAACGCUAAUAUCGAGAAUAACAAUACUUCAACUUCAAAUAUUGAUAUUGUAACAACUGGAGUUAAUAAUGGAGCUAUAAAUAGUAAUUCUAAUAUUGAGACUAACGAUGCUUCAUCUUCAAGCAUUGACGUUGUGACAACUGGAGUUACUGAUCAAGCUAUAAAUAGUAACACUAAUAUUGAUUCUGGAAAUGCUUCAGUCACAAAUACUGUAUCAGAAGCUGACGUAAUCAGUGAAAGUUCUACAAACAACAACGCUAAUAUUGGAAAUAACAAUACUUCGUCUUCAAGUAUUGGCGAUGUAACAACUGGAGUUAAUGGUGAAGCUAUAAAUAGUAAUGCUAAUAUUGACUCUGAAAAUGCUUCAGUCACAAACACUGCAUCGAAUGCUAACGGAAUCACUGAAAGUUCUACAAACAACAACGCUAAUAUUGAGAAUAACAAUACUUCGUCUUCAAGUAUUGGCGAUGUAACAACUGGAGUUAAUGGUGAAGCUAAUGUUAAUUCUGAAAAUGCUUCAGUCACAAAUACUGCAUCGAAUGCUGACGUAAUCAGUGAAAGUUCUACAAACAACAACGCUAAUAUUGAGAAUAACAAUACUUCGUCUUCAAGUAUUGGCGUUGUAACAACUGGAGUUAAUGGUGAAGCUAUAAAUAGUAAUGCUAACAUUGACUCUGAAAAUGUUUCAGUCACAAAUACUGCAUCGAAUGCUAACGGAAUCACUGAAAGUUCUACAAACAACAACGCUUAUAUUGAAAAUAACAAUACUUCGUCUUCAAGUAUUGGCGAUGUAACAACUGGAGUUAAUGGUGAAGCUAAUGUUAAUUCUGAAAAUGCUUCAGUCACAAAUACUGCAUCGAAUGCUGACGUAAUCAGUGAAAGUUCUACAAACAACAACGCUAAUAUUGAGAAUAACAAUACUUCGUCUUCAAGUAUUGGCGUUGUAACAACUGGAGUUAAUGGUGAAGCUAUAAAUAGUAAUGCUAAUAUUGACUCUGAAAAUGUUUCAGUCACAAAUACUGCAUCGAAUUCUAACGGAAUCACUGAAAGUUCUACAAACAACAACGCUAAUAUUGAAAAUAACAAUACUUCGUCUUCAAGUAUUGGCGAUGUAACAACUGGAGCUAAUGGUGAAGCUAUAAAUAGUAAUGCUAAUAUUGACUCUGAAAAUGCUUCAGUCACAAACACUGCAUCGAAUGCUAACGGAAUCACUGAAAGUUCUACAAACAACAACGCUAAUAUUGAGAAUAACAAUACUUCAACUUCAAGUAUUGACGUUGUAACAACUGGAGUUAAUGGUGAAGCUAUAAAUAGUAACGCUAAUGUUAAUUCUGAAAAUGCUUCAGUCACAAAUACUGCAUCGAAUGCUGACGUAAUCAGUGAAAGUUCUACAAACAACAACGCUAAUAUUGAGAAUAACAAUACUUCAACUUCAAGUAUUGACGUUGUAACAACUGGAGUUAAUGGUGAAGCUAUAAAUAGUAACGCUAAUGUUAAUUCUGAAAAUGUUUCAGUUACAAAUACUGUAUCGAGUGCUGACGGAAUCAGUGAGAGUUCUACAAACAACAACGCUAAUAUUGAGAAUAACAAUACUGCAUCUUCAAGUAUUGGCGUUGUAACACCUGGAGUUAAUGAUGAAGCUAUAAAUAGUAAUGCUAAUAUUGACUCUGAAAAUGUUUUAGUCACAAACACUGCAUCGAAUGCUAACGGAAUCACUGAAAGUUCAACAAACAGCAACGCUAAUAUUGAGAAUAACAAUAUUUCAACUUCAAGUAUUGACGUUGUAACAACUGGAGUUAAUGGUGAAGCUAUAAUAGUUAAUGUUGAUUCUGGGAAUGUUUCAGUCAUAAAUACUGUUUCGGAUGUUGACGGGAUAAGUGAAAGUUCAACAAGCAACAACGCUAAUAUUGAGAAUAACAAUACUUCAUCCUCAAAUAUUGAUUCUGUUUCUAACGUAGAUAGUGUUGCUGUAAUAAAUGUUGAAAGUAAUACCAACGCUGAAAUUAAUGAUACUAUUAUUAAACCUAUAAAUACUUCAGUCACCAAUCCUAGCGCAGUUGGUGUGGAGGGAAAUGAUGGAAGUAUAAGCAAUAAUAAUAACAUUGAACCUGUAAAUUCUCCAGUCUCGGGAACUGAUUCUGUUUCUUCGGGAGACAGUAAUAUUAUCAUAAAUAGCAAUGCUAAUGUUGAAUCUGCUAAUACUACAGAUGAAAGCAACAACAACGAUGUUGGGACUGAUAUUACUCCUUCAUCAAAUACAAGCUCUAAUUCUCCGGUUGUAGAUAAUGACGGAUCAUCAAACGCUUUAUCCACAAAUAUUCCUUCAGGAGGAAGUACAGUUGUUUUAAAUAAUACAGAUUUUGUUGAGACUACUAAUGUCUCAUCAUCAAACACGGACUCUGUUUCUCUUGGAACUGACGGUACUGCUACAAAUGCACAACCGAUAUCUGGUGAAAGUAACAAUGCUAUAAACAACAACGUCGAAAUGGGUUCUGUAAAUGACCCGUCUGUUAACUCAGCUGUAACUAAUGCACCAGAUGAAACAGGUAUUACAUCAUCCGUGAGCAGUGAUCCAGCUACCACCUCUAACGCAGCAUCUACAAAUGAGACUGAAAUAUCAGCAAUUACUGAUAAAGUCAUAUUGGAAGAAAAUAAUAACCUAUUAACAACAAACGUAGAAUCUAUUAGCAGUGUAACGGACAAAGUAUCCGUACCUACAGAAGCUUCUGUAACCGUAGGUAAUAAUCAAGAAGUUUCCGAGACCGCAACUAUAGACGAGACGAGAGAUAUAAAUACAGAAGUAGAUUCUUCUAAUACAUCUUCUACAGAUUUGGAUUAUUUAAGCAAUACGACGGCAUCAGAUACUUCAAACUCAGACCCUAGCGUUAGUACAGGUUCUCUAACACCACAAGUAACAACUGAAACUCUAAUUACUGUGAAUGAAGCUGUGAGUAACGUUAAUACAGCUUCUGAUAUUGCUAUCACAGAAACACCUACCGACGUGUCAUCUAGUACAGUCGUUUUUGUUGAAUCAUCAACAUCUCCACAAAACAGUGAAAUUACAAUACCGGCGGAACCUGGAGCAACAAUUGUUGAUAUAUCUCAACAAUAAGAAAAUGAAUGCUUAAUUUAAUGUAUAUUUCUUUAUUUUCAUAUAUAUACAUAUAUAUUAUAUUUAGACCUGUGACUGUAAAAAUAAAAUAAAUUUGCAUUUUG